AUGAUAGAUCAACCCUUACAAAAAGUGCUAAGGAGGCCGGAGUUGUCGGGACGACUGGCUAAAUGGGCAGUCGAAUUAGGAGAACACUCCUUGGAAUUCAAAGCCAGAACUGCUAUGAAGGGACCAAUACUGGCUGACUUCUUGGCAGAGGUCCCUGAAGAUGAAGAAAAAAAACUUUUAAGAUGGGAAACUUUCGAAAAGGAAGAGAAAGAAAAGGAAGACGAGGCCGUAUGGAAGUUGCUUACAGACGGGGCCUCCAGCGAAGAAGGCAGCGGAGUGUGCAUUACACUAAUCAACCCUGAGGGGGUUGAGUUAACCUACGCCAUCAGGCUGGACUUCGAGAAUACCAAUAAUAACGCAGAGUACGAAGCCUUUUUAGCAGGGAUGAGGCUAGCCAAGAAGAUGAAGGCAAAGCAUGUAGAAGCUAGUACUGACUCGCAGUUGGUGGUCAAGCAAUACCAGGGGGAAUAUGAGGCUAAAGACAACAUAAUGGCUCAGUAUUUGGCAAAGGUAAAAGAAACAACCGAGACUUUCCAGACCUUCAAGUUAGAGUACAUCCCCCGCGGGAGAAACAGAAAAUCUGAUGCCCUCAGCAAGCUGGCCUCUGUGGCAUUCGACCACCUAGCAAGAGAGGUCAAAGUGGAAGUACUGACCUCCACUUCAAUCGGCACAGAAGAGGUAGCUGCAAUUGAAAACGCACAAGAAACAUGGAUGACACCAAUUGCAAAAUUCCUCAGAGACGGAACGUUACCUGAGGGAGACUUGGCAGCCAGGAAGGUAAGAGUCAAAGCCUUACAGUAUGAGCUGGUUGAUGGAGAACUUUACCGAAGAUCAUACCUGGGCCCAUCCUUGAAGUGCAUUGACAUUGAAGAAGCUAAAUAUGUGAUCAGAGAAAUACAUGAGGGGAUUUGUGAAAUGCAUUCGGGGCCAAGGACGGUAGUAGCAAAGGCAAUGAAUGCAGGAUUCUAUUGGCCUCGAAUGUACGAAACAACAUCCGAGGAGAUUAAGAGAUGUGACAAUUUCCAGAUCCAUGCACCAAUGACUCAUCGCCACAAGCACCCCAUGAUACCCGUCUCAACGUCUUGUCCCUUCCAGAAAUGGGCCAUCGACAUGAUCGGGCCAUUCCCAGAGGGCCCAGGAGGGGUUAAGUACGGGGUCCCAAGGGAACUGGUGAGUGAUAACGGUGUCCAAUUUGCUGGAAACCCUUCAAGCCGUGGUGCGAGCAGAUGCACAUACACCAAGUGUUCACCUCCGUCACCUAUGCCCAAAGCAAUGGGCUGGACCACACCUAAGGAUUGCAAUGGGGAAACCCCCUUCAGCUUAACUUACGGGACGGAAGCAGUCAUCCCGGCUGAGAUAGGGUCCCCAACCGCCAAGAUGAAGCUUAGGGAGGCAGAAAAUGAAGAAGAUCUCCGGAUGAACCUGAAUUUGCUCGAAGAGAGGAGAGAAGUUGCAGCAGUCAGAGAAGCCAAGUUCAAAAACGACUUGAAAGUUACUACAAUGCCAAGAUGA